AUGCCAGAGCAGACUGACACCAUCAAGUACAUGCCACCCCCGAUUGCCCCGAAGGGAGAGCCAAAGCCCAAAAGCAAGAUUUCAGCCUCCCGCAGGCUAUCGUUGAAGAUCCUGUUACUGACUCGUGCAUCAGAACAACUGGAGGCAGAGAAAGAAGCGAGAGAGGAAAAUAAGGUCCAGUACCUGGGAGAGAAUCUCCCACCGCUCCAGCUCUCCGGUUUGCAAUCGGAGGAAAUUCAGAAAAUCUGUAAGCAGCUUCAUGAAAAGAUUGAUAAGGUGGACGAGGAUCGGUACGACUGUGAGGCCAAAGUCAUCAAGAACAACAGAGAUAUCCACGAAUUGAAUCUAAAGGUGCGUGACCUCGGAGGGAAGUUCAAGAAGCCAGCUCUGAGAAAAGUGAGAGUGUCUGCUGACGAGAUGCUAAAGGCUCUCUUCGGAUCCAAAAACAAGGGCUCCAUGGACCUGAGGGCAAACCUCAAGUCUGUAAAGAAAGAGGACAUCAAACAGGAGAAGGAGCUGAACAACGAGGUGGGUGACUGGCGUAAAAACGUGGAGGCCAUGUCUGAUAUGAAGGGCAGGAAGAAGAUGUUUGAUGCAUGAGAAAAAGUAAACGGAGUGAAAUUGUUACAAUAAAUAAAUAUUUAUACAUAAUGUUAAAAAAAAUUGCUGCUGCUGUUUGUUCAAAAGUAUGACUUUCAUGUGCGUGUAGUUUUUAAUAUAUUCUCAAGU